AAAUCCUUCCCCUCGUUGGGAAAUCGUUAUUUAGCAGAAAGGCAAGCACUCACGCUAAACACCUGAGAUGAGUGGAGCUGGGAAAAAGGCUGUCGGAGUACCGUCUGGUGGUGUCGGGGCAUGGAUCAGUACCGCAUAUCGGUUCGCUACAGAUAGGAAUGAUUUUAGAAGGAACCUACUGGUCAACCUGGGCCUUUUUGCAGCUGGAGUUUGGGUUGCCAGGAAUCUCUCAGAUUUUGACCUGAUGUCCCCUCAACCAAUCACGUAGUGCUAUAACUGAAUGGAUGUCGGUGUCUCGGACCAAAAUGACAGUCGAAGGGACAAGAUAUUUGCUUUAUAUUUACUGUUUUAUUGUUGGUUGGUGAUGGAAUGUUAAAGAUUGUCUGGAAACUGGUGUGCCUGGUAAUUACUUUAUUCAAACUGUAUUGCUUUCAGUAUGUCAACACACUUUCAGUUCUUUUUUUAAAUAUUUUGUUCUUGUUAGAUGAAAUGCACACAGUGACACUAUAACUUACGGCAAUAAUUGACCUACUUAAAUAAAGGUAAUAAUACUUUAA